AUGAAUUCCGCUAUUAUGCAAGGAGCCGCAAUGGCUACUUCGCAUGGAAUUGCUCGUCUUAAUCGGCACAAUGCUCAACGACAACAUUUCCAUAUUCCGACUGCCAAUCGACUGUUUUAUCAACUACAGACGGCUUGCACAAGCACAGAGGAUGAACGGCAAACAAUUCAAACAGAUGACGUGGCAGAGAUUGGAGUGCAGAAACCUGAUUAUCAGAUGUAUUGUGGAGAAACUGAAAUUAGUGAACAAUUUAUCAAGUUGAAUGUUGGCGGACAAAGAUUCAUGCUUCGAAAAGAUACAAUUCGGAAACGAGGAGUCGGAAGACUGAUGGACCUUGUCAAUAAGUCGGUGAAAGAUUCGAAUGCCGACGCGUUCUUCAGUGAAACUUCUGAAUUUUAUUUCGAACGACCACCUGCAUUGUUUCAUAUCGUGUAUCAAUUCUACCUCAAUGGAGUAAUCCAUCAACCUACCAAUUUAUGUCCAGUUGAUAUAAUUGAAGAAUUGGAAUACUGGAGAGUCAUUCCCGACGAGUAUCUGGCAUCGUGUUGUUGUGCUCAGCAGAUGGAUGACGAUGAUGAGGAACAAGAAGAACAAGAUAAACCAAACCUUUUUAAAACUCUCAAAUUCGGAGAAAUUCGUAGAACAAUCUGGAAUAUCAUUGAAGAGCCUGCAAGUUCGGGAAAAGCUCAAGUGUUUGCAGUCUUCUCAGUGUUCUUUGUAUUGAUAUCAAUCAGUGGACUUGUUUUGGGAAGUCUUCCUGAACUACAAGUUCCAACUCGACAGAAGAAUAAUUUGACUGGAGAAGAAUACGUUGAAAUGGAGCCAAUGCCGAUUCUGGGAUACAUAGAAUACGUUUGUAUUGUUUGGUUUACGGUGGAAUAUAGUCUGAAAAUGUUGGUGAGCGCUGAAAGAAAACGGACAUUCCGACAGCUAUUGAAUAUCAUUGAUUUGCUGGCAAUUCUUCCGUUUAUCAUCGAAAUGUUACUCCUUAUUUUUGGAAUAUCAACAGAACAAUUGAGGGAUCUCAAGGGAGCCUUCCUUGUUAUUCGAAUAUUGCGAGUUCUUCGAGUUAUUCGAGUACUGAAACUAGGAAGAUAUUCAAGUGGAUUGCAGAUGUUUGGAAAGACACUCAAGGCUUCAUUCCGUCAACUUGGAAUGAUGGCAAUGGUUGUGAUGACUGGUGUUAUCUUCUUCUCGACGUUGGUUUAUUUCCUGGAGAAAGAUGAACCUGGCUCCAAGUUCCAUUCAAUUCCAGCAGCUUGUUGGUGGUGUAUUGUAACCAUGACUACAGUUGGAUACGGUGACUUGACUCCUAUUACAGUCCCUGGAAAACUAGUCGCUACUGGAGCAAUUGCUUGUGGAGUGCUGGUAUUGGCACUUCCAAUCACAAUUAUUGUCGAUAAUUUCAUGAAAGUUGCGGAAACGGAACGCCCUGGUGGUGGAAAUCGUUACAGAACUUCUCAAUACAAGACAGAACCAAAAGCUACAAAAUCUGAACAAAUGGUUCUGAAAGUUGCCUGA